GUACAGUAGGUGGCAGUGUGCACCUAAAGCUGUUUGUGAUAACUGCCAUUAUAGAAAAGAAGAAGAGGACAGUCAAUCAAUAACGCUCAUUUGUCAACAACGCUGAACUCUGAACUAAAUUUUUGGUUGGACGGUCUUCGACAGGAAACUAACAGCAUGUUUUCCCAUCGGUGGAGGUUUGGUGGGGACAGGUUCACCGAUGUGGACCUCUUUGCAGACAGCUCUGAGUCCGCUGCAGAGACUCUGUCCCAAGCCAUCAGAGCUGCUGCCUCCGAAGAGCCGGAUGCAGAUGGUAGCGUGUCUUUUGGCCAGCUGCGGGGCACCGUGGUCGGGCUCAGAUAUUACACUGGUGUGGUAAACCGGGGGGAGAUGGUGGGUUUAGUACGGGAGCCUCAUAAUCUGUACGACCAGAACGCGGUGAUGGUCACUAACGUUUUAGGGCGACAGGUGGGACACAUCAAGAAGGAGCUGGCUGCAGCCAUGGCCUAUGUAAUGGACCAAAACCUGGCUAAAGUAGAGGGGGUGGUUUACGCAGGGACCAACAACACCUUCUCCAUGCCAGUCACACUGUCGUUCUGGGGGAACCAGGAGAACAGGGAUGCUGUGAUGAAGUACAUGGCGAGUCGAGGAUACAAACUGGACGCAGACGGAGGCAGACCCACAGGUGCAAAGGGAAAAUCUUUUGGCAGUCCAGGCCCUCACUCGUUUUCCUUGAAGAAAGGGGUGACCAUCCCACUAACUGCAGAAGAGCUCAAGAAUGCGUUUGAUAACUUAUUUGAGGGUUUGAUGCAGAGCAAAGAUGGGGAGAAAGAAGCAGCUGAGGCUGUGGCCACUCCCCUGCUGCCUCACCAGAAACAAGCGUUGUCCUGGAUGUGUGCACGGGAAAAUAAAGAUGCGCUGCCGCCUUUCUGGGAGAAGCGUGGUGAGCUGUACUACAACAGCCUCACGUGUUUCUCCGCCAAAGAAAUACCAGAGAGGGUCCGGGGGGGAAUACUGGCUGAUGACAUGGGACUGGGUAAAACUCUAACAGUCAUCGCUCUGAUCCUUACCAACUUCCACAAAGGAAAGCCCUUGCCUGUGGAGAAAUGUGAAGCACCAUUUUCACCUACCAAAGCUACAAGUAAGCCUCUGGAAGGCUCUAAGCUGGAAGGUGCUGUUCAUGAGAGUAGAAGUGAGGAUAACGCAGCAGGAGGAAGUUCUCACUGGUCAGAUGUUCCAAAAGAGGAUGUGAUCUGCCUUGAUGAAGCAGAUGUGGUGCUGGUAGAAGAUGAGCCACAGAAAAGUUCCAACAAAGAGAAGCACAAACCCACUAAACGGAAGCCCAGUAAAGGGGGUCCAUUAUUACUUGAAGAUCUGGACUUUGCUGCAGCCUUGAGUAGCUCAACAUCAGCUACAGGCCCGAAGAAGAAGAAAACAGCUGAGAAAAACAAACUUAAACAGAGUGUGGAAGGGUCUAUCGCUGAAAACACAGAUGACUUAUCAGCGAAGGCCACUCUCAUCCUCUGUCCUCUCUCUGUGCUCGGCAACUGGUUGGACCAGUUUGAGCAGCACGUGCACUCCAACAUGAAGCUCAACAUCUACCUGUACUAUGGUUCCGAGCGCAACAGAAACAAGACGUUUCUGUCCUCUCAGGAUGUGGUGAUCACCACCUACAACGUCCUCUCUACCGACUUUGGGAAUAAGAGUCCUUUACAUAGGAUCAACUGGCUAAGGGUGGUUCUGGAUGAAGGACACAUCAUCAGAAACCCAAAAGCACAGAUGAGCAAGGCUGUGCUUGAACUGAAAGCUCAGAGACGUUGGAUUCUGUCAGGCACUCCUAUCCAGAACAGCGUGAAGGACUUGUGGAUGCUGCUGGCCUUCCUGCACCUGAAGCCCUUCGAUGUGAGGGAGUGGUGGAACAGAGUGAUCCAGAGACCGGUCAUACAAGGAGACAGGACCGGCCUGCAAAACCUUCAGAACCUAGUGAAGUGCAUCACCUUGAGACGGACCAAGAACAGCGAGGUGAACGGGUGCCGUCUGGUGUCGCUGCCCAAGAAGUCGGUUUACGUGGAGGAGGUGGUGCUCAGCCAGCAGGAGAGGGAGGAGUAUGAGCUGGCACGCAACGAGGGAAGACGCAUUAUUGGCGGAUAUGUCGCCGAAGGGUCUGUGUUGAAGAAUUACGCCGAUGUUCUCGCCAUCUUGAUGAGGCUCAGACAACACUGCUGCCACCCUGAUCUCCUUGGGAAAAUAUCCUCCGAUAUAGCCACCGGAGGCACUCCAGCAGAUCUGCGGCAACGUCUGAUAGAAAAAAUGCGGCUGGUGUUGGCCAGCGGCUCGGAUGAAGAAUGCUCCGUGUGUCUGGACUCGGUCCAUCUGCCCGUCAUCACUCACUGCGCCCAUGUUUACUGCAGGCCCUGCAUCGCCCAAGUCAUCAGCAGUGAGCAGAUGGCCCGAUGUCCUCUCUGUCGAAGUGAGAUCAAGACCAGUGAGCUGGUGGAGUUUCCACCAGAGGAGAUGGAAGAUGAUAGAAGUCUGAACUCUGACAAGUGGAGGACAAGCUCAAAGGUUCAGGCACUGAUGGGAAACCUGCUCAGGCUGCGGUCUGAAGACGUCAACAUCAAAUGUCUGGUCGUUUCUCAGUUCACACGCUUCCUCACCAUCCUUCAGACCCCACUCAGAGAACACGGUUUCAUUUUUGUGCGAUUGGACGGCACGAUGAGUCUGAAGAAGAGAACUCGGAUCAUCCAGGAGUUUCAGAGCUCCGGAGCAGACAGCCCUAAAAUCAUGCUGCUGUCACUCAAAGCCGGAGGGGUGGGGCUUAAUCUGACUGCAGCCUCUCAUGUUUUCCUCAUGGAUCCUGCCUGGAACCCAGCUACUGAAGAGCAGUGUAUUGAUCGCUGCCAUCGUUUAGGCCAGAAGAGCGAUGUUGUCGUAACCAAGUUCAUUGUGAAGGAUUCAGUGGAAGAGAACAUGGUGAAGAUCCAAAAGAAGAAGCAGGACCUGGUGGAGAAGACGUUUGGCUCAACCAAUACAGACAGGAAAACAUCUCGAAUCGACGACAUCAAAGUUCUGCUGGAGAUGUAGACGCCCAGCGGCUAAAGGAGGGUGUCUACACAGAUUUCAUCUGCUUUGCUUGUUCACUUUAAAUCUCCCGAUAAAGUAUUUGGUCUGGAUGUGUAAUUAACAUUCAACUGCACUUAAAAAAAAAAAAAAAAGGUUUAUACCUUGUUUUGCUAUCAGAUGACAGGCACAAACCUGGUACCAAAGAACUGCAUUAGUUGUCAUGUUCUAAAUGUUAUUUCACAAUAAAGAAUUGCUCACCAA